AUGAUCGAUGAGCUUAAGUUGCAUGUUCAAGGGAUUGAUAUGCCGCCUCCGGAAAGGCAGAAGGUGGUCAGCUAUCGGCCGCGUGGAUGGUAUGGGUCGUGGUUGUUGCAACGAUCUCCGAUGCGGGAGACGUCUUAUGAGUAUCGACAGGAGUUAGGUCAGCGAUUGAGGCGUACAGAGAUGGCCAAUCGGUGGGCAGAUGCGAUGAGUUCUGUGUGGGGCAGGUGGGAAGGCUUUUGUGAUAAGGCGAAGCAGCCUGUUGACUUGCCGUUUGCAUCUGCUCCGUUCAGCCAGGUUCAGUUGCAUAAAGAUAAUGAGGCGAUUCUCAUUGAUAAGUUUCCUGUCGAUCAGCCGCGAAGGUUAUAUCGGUCGCGAGUGAUUACUUGCUUAAGGUUUUCGAGGGACGCGACGUUCCGCAACUACAUGUUGCGCAGGUGGGGUAUGCUUCCAUUGACGUCGGAAGGUGUUGAGAUCCCCAGGCGGUAG